UGGGGGUAGCGUCUCUGCUGCUGCUUCGGGCUGGGGUCCCGUCGCCAGGGCAAGAAGCCCUCUCAGAUUUGAGAGGAGUCAUGAGCCGUUUCCUGAAUGUGUUACGAAGCUGGCUGGUUAUGGUGUCCAUCAUAGCUAUGGGGAACACUCUACAGAGCUUCCGAGACCACACCUUUCUCUAUGAAAAGCUCUACACCGGCAAGCCAGACCUGGUGAAUGGCCUCCAAGCUCGGACCUUUGGGAUCUGGACGCUGCUCUCGUCAGUGAUUCGCUGUCUCUGUGCCAUCGACAUCCGCAACAAGACGCUCUACCACAUCACGCUCUGGACCUUCCUUCUUGCUCUGGGGCACUUCCUCUCUGAGCUGUUUGUAUACGGGACCGCAGCUCCCACGAUUGGCGUCCUGGCACCCCUGAUGGUGGCAAGUUUCUCAAUCCUGGGUAUGCUAGUUGGGCUCCGGUACCUAGAAGCAGAACCAGUAUCCAGACAAAAGAAGAGAAACUGAGACCAACAGUACCACCUCCGAGACUUCGUCUUCCACCUUUGCUGUCUUCUGCCAUCAUCCUCUCUGCGCUUUCACUUCUUUUCUGCUCCAUCAUCAGCCCCGUUAUGUACUUUGAGCCUUUUAUGCUUUGUUUUGGUUUUAUCACAUUUAAAAUUUUUAAAGAUAUAACAAGCAUACAGAAAAAUAUAUAAUGUAUGAACAAUUUAAAGAAUCAUUUUAAAGUGACUCCUCUGUGCCUCCAUCCAGAUCAAGAAAUUGCCAGCCCCUCAGAAGCCCACUGUGUGCCCUGCCCCCGCCCGCAGCCUCUUGGAGGAUCUCUUUCCAAGCCUCCAGCUUUUUUCCUUUUAUUUCCAUCCCUUGAUUUGACUUGUGUGGUGGGAACAAGUGGACUGUGAAACUUAAAGCUGCUGCCUCGCCCAGAGCAGCUGCCACCAAGGGCUGCUUCGAGGGGUUGUCCACGCAUGCUGGGCUCCUCUCUGCUGCUGGACCCAAGACUCCGAACCAUCUGAGGAACAGGCAGUUCUUCUAAGAAGGGCUCCCUUGUGAGUGAGCAUGGCUUAUAUCCUUGUAGCUGCAAAUGGGUUACGGUUGGAAGAGUCUGGGCUGUUUUUAGACCUUCUGGUCAGCUGUAUUUGUGUAAUGAAUUUUGUAAUAAAUAGAAAAACCCUCUGCUC